AUGUUGGGGGCAGUGAAGUGCCAGGAGGCUGGCUGGAAAGCCUGCAAGUACCUGCAGACAGAGGACGACAGCUCUGCUGGAUGGACUCUGAGGAGAAACACAAGCAAAGAAACCAGGACUCAGUGUAGAGCUGAGUGGGGGAAAUCUGCUGGUUCUUCCUGUAACAUCAGCUACAUCUUCACAUGGCACAGUGGAGUUUACUGGUGUGAGUCCAGAGAGGGUGCCAUCAGUAACAUGGUUAAGCUCACAGUCUCUGGUGGAUCAGUGAUCCUGCAGAGUCCUGUCCUCCCUGUGAUGGAGGGAGAUGACGUCACUCUGCUCUGUCAAACAAAGACCACUCCCUCCAACCUCCCAGCUGCUUUCUAUAAAGAUGGCUCCCUCAUCAGGAAGCAGCCUACAGGUCACAUGACCAUCCAGCAUGUUUCCAGGUCUGAUGAAGGCCUCUACAAGUGUGACAUCAGCGGUCAUGGAGAGUCUCCAUCC